CAUGUUCCAAGUAGGUCUUGUUAAUUGUUAUUACAAAACAAUAACCCAAUACGAAAAGUAAACAAAGCACACACAGCUACAAAAAGCACACUCCGCAGUUCCGCGGUAACCAAAGCAAAAAAAAAAACAAAAAGAAAAAAAAAACUAAGCCAAACUUACACUCCAAGCUUUUGUUUCCGGUCAAGGGAUCCAAGAUGCCACGUGUGAAGCCCACCAAGAAGCUCGAUGUCCUGGGAAAUCUGGACCUGCGGCCCGAGGAUGCGGUGGGCGACUAUAUCAGUUCGAAGCAGCAGAACAAAUUCUUUGUUAUACCGCCCAACUCGGACUCCGCAGGCGACUCCAUCGAGUUGAUUUUCGUGAACAAUCUUCGUGAACAUGAGGCUAUGCUCAAGUUGCAGGAAGAGAUGCUAACCAGCGCCAAGCGGCAGUCGAAGGUGAACUCUACCAGGGUGCGGAACAUGUACAAGAUCCAGGAGCGGCUGAGGCGGCGCUUCAUCGAGGUGAACAGCUUCAUCAAGGACUGCGCGGAAAAGAAGCGAGCGGCCGAGAAGACCGCCCAAGGAGAGACCCUCUACCACAAGGAACUCGGCGAGGGCAUUGAGAGCUUCAAGGAGGAGAUCGGCGAGCUGAAGGCCUUUCGUGAGGCUCUCAAGGCCACCGUCCAAGAGUUCCAGCCCUACGAGAAGGUGCUCGACGAGGUGGUGAAGGUAUCCAGCAUAUUCGUGUCCCCCAAGGACUGCAUAGACCGCUGUGAUGCACUUAUGCUGGCUCAAGUGGAGAUCAACAAGCUGGAGCAUCAAAAACUGCUUGAGAUUGAGAGUAUGCGGCAGCGUAUGGUACAGAUUACCAAUGAAGCGGCUUUGACUGUUUUAGGUCUCAAAAAUGAUCUAGCCAGGCUUGAACGAUCCUACAACGAGUCCAGGGUUCAGUGUCUCAGGUGGGAGAAGAUCCUAGCGAGCACCAAGGAUGCAAUAAACAACUCUUAUAUGGACAAGGAACGUACAAUAGAUGCGAUUACCAACCUUCACCGCAUUCUUUGUCGUCGUCGAGAUAUACCUUCGUCUUCUGCUCGCGGUGACUUGGUAAAACUGUUGGAUUCCAUUAAAAACGAAGUGGAGAUAUUGACUGGUGUUCUGAAGGAGGUCGAAUCAUCCGAUCCCGCAGUAAAAUUGGAAGAAGUUAGAGAUGUAACCUUCUGCUAGUCCUGUGAAAAAAUUCAAAGUAUUUAAAUGAAAGCUUACAA